AUGCGUUCGCAGGACAUACCACUGAAUGGCCCAGUCAUACUGGCAAAGGCAGCGAACUUUGCCCUGCAGCUAGACUACGACGGCUUCGCUGCUUCAGACGGGUGGUUGCACCGUUUUCGCGAGCGCUACGACCUCGUUUUCCGUGCUGUGUCGGGUGAAAUGAGCGCUGUCAACAUGGAAACGUGUGAAGGUUGGUGUUCCGAAGUGCUUCAAGGCUACAUAGAGAAGUAUUCUCCGCAGGACAUAUUUAAUGCGGAUGAAACUGCCUUAUUUCUCAAAUUGCUGCCCGCCAAAACUAUUUCGUAUAAAGGCGACAAGUGCACGAGAGGGAAGAAAAGUAAAGAACGGAUAACCGUGAUAGUUGCUGCGAACAUGACCGGGACCGAGAAGUUGCCUCUGUUUGUGAUAGGCAAAUCGAGAAGUCCUCAAAGCUUUAAGAACAUCCGGUCUCUCCCAUCAGGCUACGCGGCCAACAAAAGGGCCUGGAUGACAGGGGCAUUGUUCGCGCAGUGGCUGGGGAAGCUUGGCAAGAAGUUCGAACGCUGUGGCCGCAAAGUCCUGCUCCUUGUGGACAACUGUUUGGCUCACAAAGUCAACGUUUAG